CCUCGGCCUCAUUGCCUUCAUUUCUUGUCUUUUUUUGGUUAAUUGCCGUUUUUUUUUCCAGCGGCGGACAGGCUUUUCGGGCAGAAAGCGGGCAAGGGAAGGAGCAGAAAAUACCAACCCGCAGGCCUGAGGGGCGAGAGCGGUGUGGGUGUUCCUCUAAACAACCCCAAAAAUGCUCCCAGCUAAAGCGGAGCUGUCGGGAGACGGAAAUUCCAUCAGCAUCCGCUGSGCUCACUGAAUUCCAUCAGGCGAGCGAUCCCCACGGGCGGUGGGAGCCGCUCCCYGGGACAGAGCCCUCAUUGUCCGCCGGGCUUGGGGCAGCGCCUUGGCCCUUCUGACGGCCUGAAAAACCUCAGGGAUCGCCUUUCAGGAGMGAUCCCUGCGGACCUUCCCUUUGAAAUGAAUGAAGCGGCCCCACUGUCUUCCUCUGUUAUCUAAAGACACGGCCACGGGUAGCGUUUCUGUGAGACAAUUGAGGGCUUUGGUUGUUUUCUUGUGCUUUUGAGGCCAGUGGAAAGUUUCCACCGUGCCUAAAGCUGUGGUCGUACGUCCCUCCUCAGUCCUUCUCGAGGAUUUGGGAUUGCUUCUUCUGUCGUGAGGGUUAAUCUUGAUGAGUCGCUGCCGCUGGUAACCUGACCUCUGAGUUUUUGUGGGAUUUUUGGAGAAUGGUGAGAAACCUUGUUUUCUAGAUGCUCGUGUAGUUGRGARUUGUUCUUAGUGGCAGCAGUGUUUUCACUUUGUUGUUAAAUAUGACUUUUUGCCCGAUUGUUCUGUGUGUGGGAUCACAUCCCUGUCUCGCUUGUGUCCGGGUGUGGUUUGGAGAUCCAGCUCCCWCUGAAGUUAAUUGAAAUCAGCUGCCUGAAUUAGAGACUUUGGAAAAUGCAGUGAGAUCUCUGGUGUCCCUUUAAAUACCCGUACAAAUCCUCCAGUAAGCAGAUUUACUCUCACUCCUGUGUAUUGGCAGGUUUCCUGGUUUCUCUUUAGCAUCCAAUUAGCUUCUGGAGAUUUAAUGAACCUGUGAACCAGCACUUGCUCUUUUUUUAAAGACCAAUGGCAUUGUAGAAAUGUAAAUCACUGYAUGCUGCCUUUGUAAGAUAACAAAUGAUCUUAAGUUCAGGAUAUUUGCCCUCCUCCACACAGUUAGGAAACUAACAGAUGGGUCAUGACCUGCAAGUUUUAUUUUAUGUUGCUUAACUCAUGCUUUUCAGAUUUKAGGUCAAGCUUCAGUGUGUUUUUUACAGUUGUUUUUUUCUGGGCUGACACCUUACUCAAAUCACUAAAUCURGWGGAGGUCGUGAUGUUUAACAUCCCUUUGAAUUUAAYGUGGCAUCUGCUUAAAAAUAAAGCUGUCCUGAGGUCGAUUAUUAGUUACAGCACAUUGACUUUAAAACUUUAACGGCGGAUUUGAUAUCUUGUUGAGCUUUUCUUUCUUUUAUAUAYGUUUUUYAAGUCYCAAAACAAGGGUAGGUUUAUUGAUSACGGUUUUUUACAACAACUCCACCUUCUUUGGGUGGAUAUGCAACCUUUCUGAGAGCAGUGCAAUCCAUUUCAGACGACAUGAUGUGCGUAGGGUUGUCUUUGGUAAUUUAAAUAAUGGAGUGGGGGAUGCAGGUGUGGGCUGGGAGCACUGAGUGAGGGCUGGCGGAGCCCAGGCUGUGCCUGUCCCCUCAGCAGCUGCUGGAUCAGCUGCCGGCUUUGGGGAGGSCACAGCGGGCUGCGGGUUGUGCCUGCGCUGGGGAUUUGGUCUCCCCUGGAGACCCGGCGCGUCCUCCCUCCCGCCGCUCUUUGUUCCUGUGCCCGUGGGAAAACCCCGCUGCUCGGAGGGAGGGGUGGAUCAUAAAACGAGACUGUGACAAAAGAGCUGAUGAGGGAGCGAGUAUCGACUUGUUUCCCACUUCCAAGUAUUGUUUGGGAAUUCGUUCUUUCCUCCUUUUUUUUUUUUUUUUAAUUUCCUUUUAGUUGAAUUUGCUGUGGAUGCUCCCUUGGCUGAUCUCUUUGCUGGCACCAGUUGGGGGAAUACCAGCAAAACCACUCUGCUGACAUUUCCCUACUGCCAGCACCUUGGGUUGGGCUGGAGUCUCCUUGAUUUGGCUCGUGGGCUGUCCUGCAGCAGCUCCUCACUCAAGCCCAAGUGAAUGCAAGUAUUUCCAUUCAUUAAUUACCCAAAGAGUUAAUUUCAUGCAUUUAGGUAGAAGCUACCAAGCGGAGCACCAGGUUUGAGUUUUACAGCCUCCUACCUCCCCCUCUAACUUUUUAUAGCUACUUCUUGCUUCUGGGUGGCUUCCACUUUAAGAUUUURGGUUUAUAUCUUUAAAAAACUCUCAAGUUUCCACCCCGACAACCUUCAGAGCUCAGCCAGUAGGUGCUUCAUGUCCUAGUUAAUGAUGUCCUGUUUGGGCCCAGUGACCUCAUGGUGCACAAAGUGUUGGUGACAUUGGCCAUCAGUGCAGGACUCCGGUGCCAGCAAGGUGUAAAGCCCAGGUUUGUUCUUGGUAUGGYCAGGGCUGUAAUUAGAUUUUCCCUGUGUUCACAUCCUCAAAACCAGAAAAUGCUGCUGRGGUGUGAGGGUUUGCUCUUUCCUCUGUCCCACCUGAUGUACCAGGAUGUUCCUUUAUCUAUUUUGGAGUCUCACCCAACUUAAACUCUGUUAUUGGGCAAACCCAUCUGGCAUGGAGACAAGGGACGGUGGGAUGCCAUUGCCACGUGCUUUGUAUUUCAGAGAGCCCAAGGCUCAGCAUCAUCCCAUGGAAGAARCUCUGUCCUGAUGGCCGUGGAUGUGGGAAAAUCACCUUCUGAAGCCUCGCUGAGUGGGAAGACUGAGGGCGAUGGGAGGUGUGACUGCGCAGACGUGGAGACGAAUUUCCCAGAGCUGGCGGGAAGCCUGCACCAGCUUUUAGGGACAGAGGACGCCAAGCCCAGCCUGCAAGGGACAGAGAGCAUGGCAGUGACCAGACACAGCCACCUGGCCACUGGUGUUACCCAGGGAGGCUCAAGCUGCCACCCAGAAGUGUUUUCAGCAUCCGGAUUUCCCAGAGCACGAGCAAAGCCCUCAGGCACAUUAAUGGAUAGAGCUGCUGAUGGUGGCCCUGCACCUCGUCGCAUUGGACACCGGUUCCUUUCCUCAGAAGAACAGCAGGUGAAGGCAUCGGGCCACUGGGACCCAGUGUCCAGCCCUCCCAGCCAGUGCAGCUCUGCUGAGAACAUCCUUGCUGGCAGCUGCCACCGUGCCCACGUUGGCCAUCAGAGACAAAGCCUGGGAACUCAAUCCCCGUGUCCUUCCACCCCAGAGCUCCUGCAGCCCCAAACCCCACCCAGCCCCGAGAGUGCCCGGCAGAGCCGCUCCGUGCUGAGCCUCUGCGCUCUGUCCUCAGAAGGAAACGGCCCCUCCGAGGAGCCAUCUGGAAGCUUGCCAGCCAGCACGGGUGUCCCUUCUCCUGUGGCCACCACGGCCACCUGGGGAGCAGAAGGCAGGGCCCUGCAGAGGCAGGAGCCCCUGGGCUCUCUGCUCGAUUACCGCAGCACCGUGGGGCUCAUCCGGGAGAUCUCCUCCUACCAAGCUGAUUACUGGGCCUGUGCCAUUCCGGAUUCACUGCCCCCGUCCCCGGACCGCAGCUCUCCCCACUGGAACCCCAAUAAAGAGUACGAGGACUUGCUGGAUUAUGCUUACCCGCUGAAGCCAAGGUACARGCUAGGAAGGAUGCGGGAGCCUUUCCUCCAUGACUCGGGAAUAGCUCUAGACAGCUUUUCUUCUUCUCCUGAGGGCACGUCCAGGUCCACCAGCAUYUAUGGCCGAGCUGGGCAGGCUCAGGGAAGCAGAGAAAAUGGAUUUUUGGAGUUUAUGGCCUCUGCAGACAGAUUCUCCACCCCAAAGAAUGGAAGAAGAGGCUGCUCAGGAGCUGGCUUGUACUAUGAACCUUCACCUAUUGCCAAAGCUUCCUCUCAUCCUUCCAGAGGUUUUACUAAGGAUGUAAGGGUGGAAUCAGCUGGGCUAAACUCAACUGGGUACUCUGCUGCCAAUAGGAGAAGCUGGGCUGCCACAGGGAACCCCUGCCCAAACUAYGCAGGGCAGGCAAAAAGCACCAAUAGGUUUUUACCCACCACUGGAGUGCUCCCCCUGAGGAAGGACUGGGAGGCUGAAGAAGAAUUUCUUUCCCUGCCUCCGAGACUGCAGGAGCUGGAAAGGCUGGCUCARUUUUUGUCCAAUCUUUCCUUAACUAUAAGGAYGCCCGGGCAUGACCACCAUAACCUWCCACAUCACAGCACCAGCAGGCAGCCCCUUGCAUCCAGGCUGGCUCCUUUUGGAGAAGCGAGAGGCAGGGAUGAAAGAGAGAAUAUUGAGGGUCAUGCUGGGCUGUGGCAAUGCUACAGCUCCCGAAAGCCCAGCUGGGAAAACACGGAAUCGUAUGGCUGGAUCCAUAGGGAUCCUCUCCGGGGGCUUCAUCUACCAGCUGGUCUCAGGGACWCAUUGGACGGGCUGUACCUACGUGAACCACGGUUCAAGGGACAUCCAAAGAAGAGCCAGCAGAGCGAGUCCCUUGUCCACUGUGUUAAGAUGUUUUGCUGCCAGCUGGAAGAGCUGAUCCGAUGGCUGUACAAUGUGGCGGAUGUCACYGGCAGCUGGGUGCCACCCUCGCCGGAUGCCGAGAGUGUGUCAGCAUCGCUGCACCGCUACCUGGAGUUCAGGAAGGAUGUGGCCGACCACCGGAGCCUGACUGAGAGCGUACUGGAGAGGGGAGAAGCUCUCCUGGACUGCAUGGCAUCAAAUUCACCAGCUCUGAAAGACACGYUGGGUCUGAUUGCCAAGCAGUCGGAAGAGCUYGAAAGCCACGCUGAGCGCUUUUACCAGUCCAUCCUGGCUGCUGUGGGCCCYGUGCAGGGCAAGGACGCAGGGCAGGACAAGGAGGGUGCAGCACACGGCUGCUCCGUGGGUGCUGCCUGUCAGACCUAGGCUGCAUUAGUCCAUCCCAGGAGGGCUGAGAAGAAUUGCAGCAAGCACCAAGACACCUCCAUCACCUCUCCAGAGAUGCCAAAAUCUGUGCCCAGUUGCCCAUGGGGCUGAUUUCAGUGUGSGUUUGUGCCAUGACUUGAGCAAGGUGCCCUGUACAGUAGGUGUGCAGCUGCUGGGAUGUCCAGAGUUGUGUAAAGAAUGUACAGCUGCCCUAUUCUGGUUUGUUUUUAACAUAGCUUCCCCUUUUUUUAUUAAAGUGGGCUGUUCUGUGUUAGUAAAACGUCAGGAACACGGAGUUUUUUAACUGAGCAAUCCAUAGUGUGCCGUGAGCUCGCUAAGUAAAGCMGUGUGAUUUUAAUAGCCCUGUUCUCAUGGUUUGUUUAUGUUCGUCAAAAAUAGGUGCGACAUGCCAAGAAAUAGCAACUCCUCCUGGUUCUUGGGAGCAAACUCCUGGCCUGUUUAUAAUUACCACUCCUGCUCAAGCAGGGCCUACUUAACUUUCAGUUUUCAUAUACAUAAACACCAAAAGCCAAUAUACCAAAUCCCAAUAAAAUAAUAAACA